AUGUCAACGAUUAUUCGAAAUUCUACUGGUGCUAUUACUGUUACUGAUGCUGCUGCUGUUACAUCUACUUCAGAAUCGGGUGGUAGUAAAAAAACUGACGCUAUUGUUAUCGCUAUCAGCGACGACCAGAACACGAUGACAAUCAACCAGCAUCAUAAUGAUAAAGAAACUUCUACAGCUACAACUUCUGGUCCUAGUACGGUGUGUGAAGCACUUCGUCAACAAAACGAUGCCCUCCGACAAGAACUUCAUGAUAUACGACGGGAAAUGGAUGAAAUUACCGAUCAAUUUCGUACUGAAGAUGCCGAAGAAUUUAAACAGCUACAAGCAGAACUUGAAAUUGCUGCUAAAAAUUGUCGUAUUCUUCAAUUUAAAUUGCGUAAAGCUGAAAAACGAAAUGAAAAUAUGGAGUGUGAAAAAGCUGCAUUAGAAGAUACAAUUCAACGAUUAACCCGUGAUAAUUAUCGAACUCGUGAUCUUGAUGAAGAAUUAUUAAUUGCAAAAGAAGUCAGUGUACGAUUACAUAGUGAACUAGAGAAAAGUGAAGAAUCCAGAAUGAUAACUGAGAAACUAAAUAUUGCACUUAAACAACAUUUAGAUACAUUGAAAGAAUCAUUCAAUGAAAAAAUAUCAACAGAAAUCAAUGACGAAUAUCAUUCCUGGCAAUUAUCUAUUAAUCUAUAUGAAUCACUUUUUCGUGAAUAUAUACUCAUGGAAGAAUUAACAUGUUUGAAUUCCAAGAAAAACAAGAGAAAUAAUCAAAAACAGUAUUCAACAGAUACCGAUGGACACGAUGUGUCAGAUUUAAUGAAUUCCUAUCAACAGAAAAUUUCAGUGCUCAAUGAUGAAAUAAAUCAAUUGAAACAAGAUGUUAUUAAUCGUGAUAGUGACUUGUCACAAUUGCGUAUUCAAAAUAAAAUUUUAAAACAACGCAGUCGAAGCGUUGAUAGAACAACGAAUUCGAAUAGUAAUGAUGAUGAAGAUAGUGGUGGGAAAGAUCCGAAUCGUUAUCGACGAGGUGUGAGUGUCGAUGGUGGUGGAAACCUACGUGAACAAUUAGAUGCAUCGCUCGAUGAAGUUCGCCUCUUGAAAAAUAAAAUCUUACGAUUAGAAGAUGAAUUAAAUAGUUCAGCUUUGGAAAAAGAAACACUUUUAGUAAAACUCGAUAAUCAAUCUAAACAAGGUGUCGAUGACACAAUACAUGAAGAUCUUCGUAUAUUUACUGAUAAAACUGGUAAAUAUUGUCUUGUAUAUAAUCUUCAUCAAUAUAUGCGGAUAUUUGUAGAUAAUCUGAUAGCAUCCAUCAAAGACACUAAAGUAGAUGGCAAGAUUAUUAAUGAUCUACAACAAUCAUUACGUUCAUCUCGAUUGAAUAAACAAAAUCUCGAUGAUGAAAAUUCACCAUCACUCGCCAAAACCAACCAGCAAACUUCCGAAAUCUUCCAGCAAGCCAAUGAAUUUUUAACUCUUUUACAAAAUAAAAAUGAAACUCUCAAUAAAAUACGUUAUCGUCUGACGAAUUUAACCUAUGAUGCAGUUGAUACAUGUACUCUGUUAGAAGAACUUGAUACAAGAAAACAUGAUUUAGAAGAUACAAAACAACUUUGUAAUCAAUUGCAAACCACAAUCGAUAAUCUUCACAUAUCAUCGAAAACAUUGGAAGAAAAACUUCAAGAACAUACAAAAACAAAUCAAACACUUGAGAAAAAUCUUGAAAAACAGAAAAAAAUCAAUGGUGACUUACAACAAGAAAAUACACGUUUAUCAACACUAAAUGCUAAACAAUUACAAGAUUUACGACAUAUCGAACAAUUGCGUCAAUCAAUAAUAACAUUUGAAAAGAAACUUGAUCAGAAGCAAACGCGUGUUAAUGAAUUAUCGAUGAAAAUUAUUGAAAAAGAGGAUAUUAUUGAAACCAAAGUGAAAGAAUGCCAAAAACAUCGAUUAGAAUUACGUGAACUUGAAACAAAAUAUUAUACAUUAGGAAAACAAUUAGAAGAGCAAAUUAUGGCGAUGACUAAAGAAAUGGAAAAAUUAAAUGUUGAAAAAGAAAUGUUAAAAUUUGAUCUUGAAUCUUUACGAUUAAAUCAACAGAAUGAGCGACCCAAGUCCGUAGCUAUGGAAGAUGAAAUAACACGUGCAAAAGCUGAAUGUCGUCAACAGAUAUUCGAUGGUGAAAUUGAAUCGUAUAAACUUCGUUUAAAUCAAUCAAAUUAUGAAAAAGAUGAACUGUUAAAAUUUACUAAAGAUCUUGAAAAGAAAUAUAAAGAUCUACAAGUAAAAUAUGAUGCCGAUGAACAAUCAUGGAUGAGAGUUAAAACAGAAAUGUCCGAAAAACAGCGCAAAUACGAUGAAAGUAUUAAAAUAAAAUCUGAAUUACAGAAUGCUGUUGAUCGUCUUCGUCAAAAAUUAUAUGAUCUUGAACUUUAUGGCCAAGAAAAACAAAAUAAAUACAAUAUCGAUAAACAACAAUGGGAAACACAACGAAUUGAAUUGUCCGGAAAGAUAAAUGAAUUAGAAGAACAAUUAUCGAAAGUAACUAAACGUCAACGAAAAGAACUCGAAACUACAUGGAAAAAAGAACGAACUGAUUUACAAAAGCAACUUCAACAAUCUCAACAAUUAAUUAAAGAUUUACAAAAACAAAUCAGUAACCGUGAAGUACCUAUACAUUUAACCGAGAAAAUAAAUGUUUUAAUGACAGAAAAUGAAUUAUUAUUAACUAAAAUCAGAGAACUAGAAAUUGUUGUUGACGAUGUUCAUUUAUUGAAAACAGAAAUGCAUCGUUUGCGUGAUAAAAAUUCAUCCGAUUGGAAUUAUUGGAGAAAACAACAAAGUGAUUUAUAUGCACAAUUAAGACAACAGCAUCAUGUUAAAGAAGCAAUCUUACACAAAUUCGAUCGAUUACAAAAACAUAUAAAAUCUGGCAGUGAGAAUAAUAAUCGUCUCGUGCGUGAUUUAAGUGUUGGUCCAUUGUCAAUAAAUAGUUUUCAAAAUGAAGGCACAACGAAAACAAGUUUAUCAAAUUUCAGUCGUGAAACAUUAGGUGACGAUAUUGAACUUCCCCAUGGAACUAUUGAUGGAGGAGGUAUCAAUGCUCAUGACAUAGUCGGCGCGAUGGAUGAUUCAAUUGCAUUACAGAUGUCAACACAUGAUAAUGAUAAACAAAGAAUGUUCACUAAAACUUAUUCGGCACAAGAAAAUACGGCAGCCAGUAUUGAAGAGAUUGCAAGUAAAAUCGAUCGCGUUGAAGAUAAUUUAUUUUCAUAUCGUCGUUUUAUGGAUUUCAUUCGAGCGAAAUCUGAAAAAAGCGCAUCGAUAGUUCGUGAUGAUAGUUUUAGCAAUAUUUCAAAUUCUGCUAUUGCUCCACCAAGUUACACACGAUUAGCUUCUGCUCCACCUGAAAAUGUCCAUACGGCACUGUCGACCACAAAUCAACGUCGUUCUCGUCUAGAUGCCAAUACAAAUAGUAGUCAUGAACAUUUACCAACAUCAACAGAUGAUGCUAUAAUACCUGAAUUGAUGUCAAAUUCAGUAACAGCAACCACCAAUGGAAAUGGAAUGGGUUCAUCGAAAAAUCGAUUUUUUUCAUUGAGCCGUCGUUUUCGUUUUCGUGCACAAUCACCCGAUAAAGAAUCAGAAUCAGAAGCAGCAGCACAACCAGCAACAGUUCAUUUUCUUGACGAAGAUAUUGACUUAGAAACCAAAGAACGAACAGCAAGAAAAUCUGAUCUACACGGAAAUCGACCAUCCAAAGGCAUAUUAAAAGCCUUAAGACAUCGUUCACCAUUUCGUUUUCGUUCAAAAGAUGCUAUUAUUCCGGAACAGGAGCCAUCUCCGUCUCCGCAGUCACCCGCACCAUCUGAAAAAGUACUUGUAUCGCCAGUCCCAUCUGCAACAUUGCCACCGAAAGAAACUCGUGGAAAAGUGCUGCCACCUGCUCCUACUCAACCCAAACAACGAGGCCGAUUAGUUGAACUAAGAAAAACAACGUCUAAAUCAUCACCAAAUACUACAAGCCGCAAAGGAGUUAAUUCAAAUCCAACUCCAACUUCAGAACCCACCACAAGUGGUUCAACAUUGGUGAGACGAGCAUCGGGCUUGAAAGAUCUCAUUCAUAAAUUUGAAGCAACACCUUCGGAUCGACCAGCAAAACCUAAACGUGUGACAAUUGAAUCAAGUACGUCCAAUGCUACUUCUAGAGACAUCAGCCAAGAUGAUCAAAGUAAAAAAGGAACUAGUCAAUUAGAUGUUCCAAAUGAUGAUCCACAACGUCUUCCAAUAAACAAAUCCAAAUCUAUUGAUAUGCCGGAUCUAUUGCGAAAUGUUUCGAAAGAUACAACAACAACAGUCACCACCACCACCACAACAAAAGCUAUUUUACGACAUUCAAAUUCAAAUCGGCAAACCGCUUCGUUUGAUUCAACUACGAGUAUGGUUAGUGCCAGUGAAUCCAUUCUAACAACGAACAGUAGUACCAGAAGGCCAACAUCAACGGCACGACCAUUAAUGAUUUCUCUCAGCAAAGAUGAAUCAUAG